AUGGCGCAUUCGGCCGCUCUCGAUAUGCCGUCAGGAGGAAGCUCGUCACUAAAACCUACCACAGAGAAGGAAGAACACAGCAACAAUUUGUCUACAGUCGGGAUGCGCGAGCGAGUCAAGCACAUUACAUGGGCGUGGUUUUUGUCGACAAUGUCAACGGGCGGGCUGACAAUCGCUCUCGCGGAGACGCCACACAAGUUUACCGGACUCUACUACAUUGGCCUCAUCGUUUUCUUCUUCAAUAUUUGCAUAUUCAUGCUCCUUUGCAUCUGCACGAUAGCACGAGCCGUGUUACACUUCCAGCACUUCAAAAAGUCGUUCACUCACCCAGCAGAAUCCUUCUUCCUAGGCUCUUUCUACCUCAGCAUAAGCGUCAUCAUCGGAUCCGUCCAACUCUACGGCGUCACGUAUGGCUCCGGCUACCCAUGGCUCGUAUCCGCAAUGAACGCCCUGUACUGGAUAUACGCAGCUAUCUCCCUCACGAGCUCGCUUUUCCAAUACUACAUUCUCAUAGCAUACAGUCCAGUCCGGCCUGUUCCCUUCCUGCCGAGCACAUUCCUUGCAGGCUACUCGGCAAUGCUGACGGGCACCCUGUCCUCGCUCAUCGCAGGACACCAGCCCCCGGGUCGAGCAAUGGCGAUCAUCAUAUCCGGAUGUGCAUACCAAGGCUUUGGGUGGAUCAUAUCGCUCAUAUGCACUGCAUUCUUCAUCAAGAACCUCAUGGAGAACGGACUACCCCCAGCACAUCUGCGUCCUGGCUUGUUCAUCCCAGUGGGAUCAGGCGCAUACACGAUAGUUGCCCUCAUCGGGCAGGCGAACGCGAUACCAGAAUCGUACGGGUAUUUCGCUGCUCAUCCCAGAGCCAAGAGCAUAUUGCAAACGGUUGCCCUGUUCUGCGGCAUCUUUCUGUGGUUGUACAGUUUUUGGCUAUUCGCGUUUGCAGUCGUAGGGAAUGUCAUUGUGGUGGGCAAGAUGCCGUUUUCGCUUACGUGGUGGGCGUUCAUCUUCCCAAACGUGGGCUUCAUGGUGUCUACAGUCAUGAUAGGGAACGAGUUGGAGAGUGAAGAGAUACUCUGGGUAGGCAGUGUUAUGACUGCGUUGCUGGCUGCCAUCUGGUGUGUUGCGUUCAUCGGAUGUAUUAGGGCGGUAUGGACGAAGCGGAUAGUGUGGCCUGGGAAGGACGAAGACAAGGACCGAUGA